GCUCGUGCUGGCAGGACCGCCGUCGCUCGCUCCUCUGGACAACCCGCCAACUCGCUCACCACGACUCGACCAUCAUCAGCGACUCCCACAUAUGCAGUUUUCUCUCUGUAACAGGUGUGCUGACGUCGUCGAUCACGCGGAAGGAUAUACAAAAUCAUCGGAUCAUUCUCCCAGUGCAUUUAAAUCAGUGAGGAAUAAUAAUUAAAAGAAGGCCCAGAGGAACAUGGCUUUCCAGUGGAUUUUCAGAAGCUAGAAACUGAAAAAUGAUGACGUAUAGAUUAUUACUGUGAAGUGUAGCACGCAUGUGGUGGACGGACGCUGGAGGUGCUUGAUAGUGUGUUUGUUUGUGGUCUACCUGUUUGUUGGCACCCAGAAUGGCUCUACUUGACCUGACGCUGCCUCUCUGGAGUGCCACUGUCCUCCUGUUCCUCUCCUCCAUACUUCCUCUUGGAUGGAGUUUGCCGCAGACGUUCCGAGUAGCACCACACAGCGUCGAGGUGGUGGCAGGGAGCAGCGUCAACCUACCUUGUGAGAUAGAGAACCAACAGGGUAAAGCACAAUGGACGAAGGACGGUUUCGCCUUAGGGUUCAAUCGCAGUAUCCCAGGGUUCCCAAGGUAUAUGGUGCUGGGGGACGAGUCAGCUGGGGUACACAACCUGAGGAUAAGCGACGUGAUCAUCCAGGACGAUGGCGAGUACCAGUGUCAAGUGACUCCCUACGGCACCGCUUCAGCCAUACGACACGCCGCCAACCUCACCGUAAUAUUUGCGCCUACGAGUAUCGAGAUGGUGGGUCACGUACCGGACGCCCAGAUCACAGUGAAGGCGGGCAACUCCCUCACGCUGGAGUGCCUGAUCAAGGACUCCAAACCUGUGUCUCAGAUUACCUGGUUCAGGGGACACGAGCACCUCAGACUAGAUACGCUAGAGAAUACGAAGGAGGAAUCAGGAACAGACAGUCACUUAUCUUCACUACGUUCCAAGAUUACGUUCUCCCCGACGCACAACGACAAUGACGUAGAAUAUGUUGUCGCCGUUCACCCAGCACUUGAACACACAGGAGUACAAAAAGUAGCCAGAGUACACCUCGAUGUGCAUUACGCACCAGGGGCCCCAGAGAUCACAGGCUAUACGGAGGGCGAGAUCGUCAGGGCAGGAGAUAAGAAGACUCUCACCUGUCGUGCCAGAGGAGGAAACCCACUACCUGAGGUCUUCUGGUUCAAGAACGGUGUCCGGGUACAGAAGAACUUCCACAAGUUCAGUGACUACGUCGACAACCAGUACACCUUCGUGGUGGAAGCCUCAGACAACCUGGCCAAGUACGAGUGUCAUGUGAUAAACGUGAUGACCACACAGCCCAAGAAAGCAGAGAUACAGCUCAGGGUGAACUUCGCCCCCUCCACCGUCACCAUCUUCGGGCCGGACGAGGCAAAGGUAGGAGACGUGAUCUCCCUCAGUUGUGUGGCGGACAACUCCAACCCUCCAGCAGACGUCACGGUGGUCAUCAACGGCCAGACGCCUCCAGGGGCCACCUCCAGCACGCAAAAGGUAGAACAUGGAGGCUGGAGGACCACUACCAACCUCACCGUGUACGAAGUCAGGCCCACCGACUCCGACCUAACCAUCAACUGCUACGCACUCAAUCCUCCUCUCAGCUCGACCAAGAUUGACACCAAAAUCAUCAGUGUUUUGAGACCCCCGGAGCCCCCUGUCAUCCUGGGGUACGAGCUUGGCCGUCUGCUGAAGAAGGGCACCCCACAACGACUUACCUGUGUUAGUAAUGGCGGCAACCCCCUGGCGACGCUACAGUGGUUCAAGGGAUCACAGGAGCUGCCCACCAACACCAAGCACGAUUCCGGCACCGCCCUGGCUGACCUGGACAUCACCCUGACUGAAUCUGACAACGAGGCGGAGUACCGGUGUCAGGCCACAAACUCUGCCACCCCAGAGCCUCUCGUUAACUCCACCGUCCUCAGUGUUAUGUUCCCGCCGGCAGCAGUGAAGGUAGAGACUCGGCCACGCCCUCUGCAGGCCAACACGGAGGCAACACUCAUCUGUGAGUCCUCCUCCAGUAACCCUCGGGCCAACGUCACCUGGUGGAGGGAAGGCUUUGAGGUCCAGCCUGGCGAAUCUCAGAUCAGCCCUGGACAGUUCGGGGGCACAACCACCAAAUACUCAGUCAAGGUGGACGUGACGGCUGAGGACGAUGGCGCUGUCUUCACCUGUCAGGCUGAUAACCGCUUCGGCUCCACUACCCACGAUGCUGUUACUCUCUCCGUCCAGUAUCCUCCUGUGUGGAUGAAGGAACCUCAAGACAUGGUAGACGUCACCGAGGGGGAGAACGUGAUGGUGAACGUCAGUGCCCACGGUAACCCGAAUGGCGUGGCGUACCUGUGGCGCCGCGGGGAGGAGGUGGUGAUGGCGGGCAGUUUACUCAACAUAACAUCGGUGACCAAGGACCAAGCUGGCGUGUAUACCGUCGAGGCGUCCAACUCCCAGGGCAGUUCCGCCAAGAAUGUUACCAUUAAUGUGAAAUACGGAGCGAUCAUCACCUCCAUCUCUGGCGGAAGGAACUUAUCUAUGGGGACCAAUGUAACGUUAGUGUGUCGGGUGGAUGCCAGUCCUGACCCUGACGUACACUGGAGGCGAGAGGGCUACGACUUUGCCAGGACCGAGCACAAGAAACAUCCGUCCAAGGUAAUAUCACUCUCUCUCUCUCUCCUGAUGACGAUUAAGAACGUGACGACAGCAGACACCGGAGUGUUCACCUGUCACGCCAAGAACGACAUUGGAGAUGAGGCUGUCGCUAACACCACUAUUGUUGUGAAACAUAAACCCGUCAUAGAUCAAUCCCCCAAAUACCAGAAAGCAGCGGCGGAAUCAGGACGCAACGCUCGCCUCACCUGUCGAGCGAGUGGCGCACCUUACGUCCACUUCACCUGGUUCACGCGAGACAACACCCCCAUCGAGCCGGCCGUGUACUCUGUCUUCAAGAACCGAUAUGUUGUUGAGGAUUCCAAGCUGGUGGAUGGCUUGGUGACCUACGAGAGCGUCCUGUUGGUGAAGAACGUCACCAAUAAGGAUUACGGCUUCUUCGAGUGUCAGGCUAGAAAUCCUCUCGGGUCUUCACGGACGGCUAUACAUCUCGACGGCACCAGCAAGCCUGACACGCCCCUCGACCUGAAGGUCCUCAACUUCACACACAACUCAGUCGACCUUCAGUGGACCCCAAGCUUUGACGGCGGUCUAUCCCAACAAUACCGGGUCAGGUUCCACGUCUCUGAUACCAAUAGAUACCAGUAUACAGACGUGUACCCAGCCAACGUAACAACCUUCACCGUGACUGGCCUCUCCCUAGGAACCAGCUACUCCUUCAAUGUUCUCGCCUUCAACAACAAGGGCCAGUCAGACUUCACUAAGGACGAGGUCAAAGCCACAACCUCAAGUUCGCCGCCCCUGACUGAGGUAGAGCGGGUCAUCUCGCGCGUCCUGGCAGACAAGGCCGACCUGCCACGGGUGGUGACCCUCUCCGUGUCCACCGUGGGCGGCCUCCUGGUGGUGAUCAACGUCAUCCUCGUCGCCUGUGUCCUACAUCGUCGUCGCCGUCGUCAGGGGAGCCAGGCGUCCUCAGACAAAGGCUCCAGUAAGAGUACCACCAUAGAGAUGUACGCCCCGUCCUCCUACACUGGUACGGUCACUGGCGAGACCUUGUCCUCCAUCUCAGAGAAGUCUCGAGAGAGCUACGCACACGAGGACUCAGCCGACGAAUACGAGGCAGAGGCCGCGAGGGUGACGGCGGCCAGUACCUACCUCAUAGAACAGCUGGAGCCGCCCCCCCAGUACGCCUCCAGACCUCCACCCCACAUCCUCCCCCCACCGCCCUCACACAACGACCUCAACAUGGAUGAUGCGUACGACGACGUGAGACGGAACCAAUACAACGCCGCCUUAGAUCGCGCGGCGGCAGGUUACGGCACGCUCGGUCGACGCAACACCACACCUGACCACUACAACAUCACCGCCGCCGACGACCACUACCCCCUCUCUACCCGCUACAACACCUACCAGCCGCCGACACACGGUCCCUCACUCACCGCCCACACCCAUACCCACACCCACACCCAAAACAACGGGUCACUACGAAGGAACCCGCCCUCAAAACUCCACUUCCCCAAGGACUAUAUCCGCAAUGGUUCCAUGAACAUACCCGUGUCCUCAUCAGCGGGUAUGGGCGUCGUGGGAGGACAGUACAGCAACAAGCCGCAGUCACCCACCCGCGCUCACCCGCCCCCACACCCGCCCAUGCUAUCCACCUUCGCCCCAGACGCUAGCCAGCCCUCACCACCCAUGGCGGGAAUUCCACUAGAGCACCGAGGGCAUCUGGUGUGAGAGGUUAAGACUCCUCUGAUAAUGUAAAGAACACUUUUUUCCAUCAGCCGGGAGUUGUGUAAGAGAGAGUGAUCAAACUGGGUGCCGAGGGUGGCCACUUACUGGGCCAUCACAGGUGAGGGUGUGAUGUGUCACUCGUCCCUCGCCUACUCCACGCCCAGGUACGAUGAACGAUACCUGUUGACUCUACCUGUGAUGUUACCCUGUGCCGUUUGUUACCUGUGGCGUUCAUUAACCUGCUGGCGUUCGUUGCCCAAAACGUUCGUUACCUGUUGACGAUCGUUUACCAGUGACGUCCGUUAGUUGUUGACACUCGUUAUAUGUGACGACAACAGGAUGAGCACGUCGGCUGGAUAAGAAGCCAGCCGGGAGUACAUCGACGACCCCGGCUAAAAUAAGAGCCUAUUCAGUAUUAGGUUGAAAAGGAACACAAACUGUAAAGAUUAUAGGUGUCCUUUUUUGUAAAUGAAUCCCCCCUAAAGGGCCUGAAUGAGCCAGCUAACGAUGUAUACGUUGAUGGCAAUUAAGUGCUAAAGUGGAGUGGUUUAGCUGAAAGCGCAUUAAUCACCUGGAAAUCGAUUAACUUUGGUGCGCCUGAUUUUGAGUGAGUGGUGGACGAGGCAAUGUGACGGUGAGCGGAAGACAGUGGAAAAUAUUUAAGCAGAUAAAAAGACUGCGGUGUAUCAGUGUCUGGUGUUGACUGUAUGGUAUAUCUCGUUAGUCAGAACUUACCUGAGACCCGGAAAUUUGUCCAUAAGAACGAGUUUUACCAGGAUGUGGACAACAGCACAAAAAAUCCUGAUCCAUAGUGUCAGGAAGACUGAUCUGUUGACACACCUGUCCAGCUGUAGACUGGAAGGAAGGUUGUUGUUGCAAAGAUCACCUGCUGAAUGCUGCAGAGGUCAGCUGUUACUACUUCUUGUUGCAGAGAUCACCUCUUGUUACAUAUUAUUAUAGACAUUGAAGCUACUUAUCGUAAAGUGUUAACCUCGCUGGGGCUGAUGAAGGCUGGGAAGGAGGACGAGUUUACCGAAGCAACGAACCUCAAUAUCCUCACUUUUUUUGACUAGUUAAGUGAAAAGAAAAGUGAGUUUUAUUGGGCUAGCGGACGAGGGAGAAAGUAUCGCUUUCUCUCAUGCACUGUUUCCUUCUUUCUCAACAAGGAAGAAGAAGCACUAAAGGCACAUAUCAGAAACUUACUUCUCACUCGCUCCUCAGUGAGGGAGGCGGGGAGGUGUGUGUGAGGGGGCGCAGUGUGGUGAAUCACGCAGUGAUGCUCAAAAAUGUGAUGUAAGAUAAACUUAAACUUAGGCACUUUAAGGGGAGACUUUAGCAAGCAGGAGCCACUCAUCUUGUGAGUGACCUGCUCUUCAUCCCAGCAGAGGUCAGAGGUCAACCCUCACAUGACCUCUGCUUCAACAACUCUCCCUCACUUCCUAGAUAAUAUAAUCAUUCCCAUCAGACAUAAACCAAGAAGUUGACCAUGACUACAGCGUCGCUCACUUCCUGACAGCUCGUGUGACAUGGCCAUACACGUGCCGUGUGAGUGUUGUAUGACACAUACCCGAAUGCUAGUGUGCGUGUGUGUAUUUGUGUGGUAAUGACACAGGCCAGGAGUGUGUCAUGCCGUGUCACACGACAAUCAUGUGAUAACAGGAACUCUACGGGACUUGAAUGACAUUUCCACCCCUGAAGGGCAUAAGACUUGGAGAUCCAGGCGGACACGGAAGUGCCUUGUAGUGGUCCUGGCGCUGGUUCCUGAGGCAACAGUAUAAGGAAUCUUUCCUGGAUUAUGUCCCAGGAUGUUUCUCUUUUAUCUCUUCGUCGCUGCUAAAAACAUGACUCGGCCUGGACCUUCUCGUAGUGAGGAUGUUGGUCCAGUCAGCUACGUCGCCGUGAGUCUCUCUGGAUACAGUUCAUCCUUAACAUAAACAAGAAAAGAAGUUUUUUGAAUGAUAAUCUCAGUUUAUUUUGACUCUGAACCCCUUUUCAAUUUUAAUGGAGAUGAAGGAAUGUAAGUUAGAGCUAUUGAAUGUUCUAUACAGGAUGACCUGUUGUGCUGAAGACAAGUCCAACACCACCAUCCUCGGCUCCUCCCUGGAGUGACCUGACUCUAGUGAGGGAGUCAAGAUUUUUGCAAUGUCACCCAUUCCUUUUAUUGAAUUUUCUCUCAUCAUUCUAGUGUCCUUUUGUAGCUUUUCUAUACAUUUUGACAGAAGAAAUUUUGCAAUACAUAAAAGGCAUUUCUAGUUUCUCAAACGUAUAAAUGAAGCCACAUUAUGUUAUUGGUGAUGAAUCUAUUGCUGUUUGGUCUUCAGUUCUAACAUUCUGUUUGGGUAUGUGAUAAUUAUUUUUCAACGUGAGUUCGUGAGAGACAAAAAAGAAUUACCAGCUGGUCGUGUCUGUUAUUGUAGUCAAACGUUGACGUCAUUUGCAAUUCAAAUUUUGUGGCCAAAUUUUGUACAUGUCCAGUUCAGGUGAGUGUUGUUAGUCUGUUCUAUGUUAUUGAUAUACACUUGUACACACACACACACACACACACACACACACACACACACACGCACACACCUCACCAGAGCCCUCCUCAUCUGACUUUUAUCCUCUAAAUUUAAACAGCUGUUGUAAGCCACUCAUUGAUAUAUUUAUGGCCGACAAUACUUGGACUCAAAGUUACAAUAAUAUUCUCCUUUGACGUCACUGCCAAACGGACAAAGUUGGCGUCAACAAUGGCUAGAAUAAGAGUCACUGAACAACUCUUGUGUGACCUCGGGAAUGUGUAAAUAGUGUUUCUGUCAUUAUUAUUUUCUGUAUAUACCUACCGUGCCAAAGGAAAAUUUGAAAACCAUUGCUGUGAUGCCAGAUGUAAGUGGUCAUAAAUAAUUAAC